AUGAAAUCGAAAAUUUAUAAUAAGGAGAGUGAUGAGCAUCAAUUAUUGUUGGAUCCAAAACAUAAGUCAUCCCAGCAGGAUGAGUCGCAUCAACGUCACGAAUCACGUCUUGAAUGGGCAGAAUCAUCUUGGAUACGAUUAUGGUACAUUAUCAGUUGGCGAUGGAUCAAUCCUUUACUUUCAUUAGGUUAUAAAACUACUUUAACAGAAGAAGAUUUGGAUGACUUGCCUAGUCAAGACAAAUGUUCUGUCUUGUAUGAUAUGAUAAGGAAUUCCAAACGAGAUUACGACAAAAUAUUCAACACAUGUCGAGACGUGUUUUGGAAACGUUAUUUAUUAGUUGCAUUGCUUCGAUUGCCCAUAUUGAUCGCUGUCAUUGCUCAACCACUGUUUCUAUACAAACUAGUCCUGUAUAUUACAGAUCAUCAAAGUGCUCAAGUGUCACCAUCAGCGCCAGUUUAUAGUGGCUACCUAUAUGCGACUGGAUUGUUUAGUUGUGCGCUUCUUCAAGCACUUUUCUAUCAUCAGUAUUACUUCUACUCGGCUCGUCUAGAUCUCAUGAUUCGAAAUUCCGUUCUGUCGACAAUUUUUGCACAUUUGUUGUCAAUCAACACGACAACAUUACGACAAGUUGGAACUAACUAUGCCAUGAGUAUCGUUACCAAUGAUGUAACAAAAUUCGAAGAAUUUUCUAAGCAUACUUUAUACAUCAUCGAAGCACCGCUCCUCUCUGGAAUGACUUUUAUUUUACUCUAUUGGAUUAAUGGAGUGUGGUCGACAGUAUCUGGUUUUCUUAUAUUCACCUUAUUAAUUCCGUUGCAAGUGAUCUUAGGUCGCAAGUUUAAUGAACAUCGUAAGAACGUCGUCGUCCGUACCGAUCGACGUAUUCAUGUGUGUGAAGAACUUAUUCGAGGAAUUCACGUGAUUAAGAUGUACAAUUGGGAAGAACAUAUGAAAAAACGAGUUGGCGAAACACGUGAACCUGAAAUGGCUAGUAUCCGUCAUGCUUUUGUCCUACGUGCAAUAAACAUGGGCUUGUUCUUGGCAUCCAUACCUAUUACUGGAUUUGCCACAUACGUUGGCGCUUGGCUUGAUGGGCGCCAUUUAACAACAAUUCAAAUUUUUAUUAGUCUUGCUUUCUUUUCUCAAAUGCGCUUUCCAGUGAUGUACUCAUUGCCAGUUGCCAUUGAGAAACUAGUAGUAAUUCGGCAAGCAUGGAAAAGAAUUGCUAAAUUUCUCCAAUUAAAUCCCAAGGAAGAACAAAAACUACUAGACACAGACGACACUCAGUCAAAAGGAACAAUUACGCUGCAUGAUGCUUCAUUCUCAUGGGAUGGACACAAUUGUUGUCUUUCAUUACUUAACAUUCGUAUCGAACCAGGAUCAUUCGUAGGUGUUGUUGGACCGGUCGGAUCUGGUAAGUCGUCAUUAUUUUCGGCCAUCCUAGGAGAAAUGAUUCAAUUGGACGGUCAAAUGAAUGUUAGUAAUAGUUCAUUCUCCUAUGCUGCACAAUCUCCGUGGAUAUUCGCGGAUACAUUACGCGCCAACAUUAUCUUCACAAAACCGUUUGAUGAACGACAUUAUAGGGCUGUUUUACAUGCUUGUUGUCUCGAUAUUGAUUUGACUAUUCUUGGACCAAAGGCCGAUUUGACAAUGAUCGGUGAAAAUGGUGUAAAUCUAAGUGGAGGACAAAAGGCACGUGUAUGUCUAGCACGUGCUUUGUAUGCGGAUUCGGAUAUUUAUCUCCUUGACGAUCCAUUAUCUGCGGUUGAUCGAACUGUUGCAAAACGAAUUUAUGAUCGAUGCAUUGGUCCAAAAGGGCUAUUGAAAAAUAAAACUCGUCUAUUGAUUACGCAUCAUAGAGAAUAUUUAACUCAAUGUCAUCAAAUCAUUGUAUUGAAUCAAGGUCAAAUGCAAAUACAAACUCCGAGAAUCGAUCUCAAUGAGCAAGAUAAGAAGGAUGAAGAAGAUCAACAAAUAUCAGCAGCUAUGCUCGAUAUUGGACAGUUCACAGCUUCGAGUCAGUCAAUUAUUGUUAAAGAAACUUCGAAUGCACAACAAAUUCGUAGUUCUUUGUGGUGUACUCUCUUUACUGCGCCACCAUUAAAGACUUUAGGUUUAUGUCUCACGCUUAUUCUACUUUUAUUUGGCCAAGUACUUCAUGAUGGCACUAAUCUAUGGCUCGCGCUUACCACACGACAUUUGAGAUAUACAAAGUCAACUCAAUCUAUUCAUCUGCCCACAUAUUUUGUUUUGACUAUGGCAACAUUAUUUGUGGCAAUCGGACGCAGUAGCUUUUUCUUCUAUCAAAUCUUGAAUGGUUCAAACCGUCUUCAUGAUAAAAUGCUUUCCGGUUUGCUGCACACAUCGAUGCGUUUCUUCGAAAGUAAUCCAAGUGGACGAAUUCUGAACCGAAUGAGUAAAGAUCAGCAAGUUGUUGACGAAACUUUACCUGAAGUCUUAUUCGACGCCGUACAAUCUUUGUUGUUACCGAUCGGAUUCAUCUGUAUCAUUCUCAUUAUCAAUCUAUGGAUGAUACCUUUAGUUAUUUUCUUAGUAAUUUUAUUUUGGAUCUGUUUUCAGUAUUAUAUUCGAACAAGUCAACAACUGAAACGAAUGGAAAGCAUGGCACGUAGUCCGAUUUACGGAUUAUUUACAUCAUCAGUGAAGGGCUUAGCCACUAUUCGUGCGUUUAAAGUCGAAAAUGAUCUUAUAAAGUCAAUUGCAAGUUUGAUUGAUGACAAUACACGCCCGUUUCUUUAUCUGUCAGGUACGACACGUUGGUUCACGUGUCGAAUGGAUCUCUUAGCGACAUGUUUUGUACUUUUUCCUGCUUUUGCUGCUGUUAUCGCGCCCAAUAGAGUAGACGCAACAUUUCUGACUCUUACUUUGUUCUAUAGUAUCAAUAUAACUGCACGGUUACAGCAUGCUAUUCGUCAGUCAGCAGACGCAUAUAACUACAUGACUAGUGUGGAACGUAUCGAUGAGUACGGAGAUUUGCCACCAGAGGAAGACAAUGGUGGUGAAUCGGGAAGAUUAAUUGAGACAUCGACUGAUUGGCCGAGUCGAGGAGAAAUUCGAUUUCACAAUUAUUCUCUACGCUAUCAAUCAAAUGAAGAAGCAACACUAAAGAGUUUGAAUUUAGUCAUUAAUUCUGCUGAAAAAGUCGGAAUUAUAGGUCGUGCAGGUAAAUCAUCUGUGUUUCAAGGUCUCUUACGUUUAGUAAAUCGAUCGUGUAUUGACGGUGAAAUUCUCAUUGAUGAUGUAGAUAUUGGUCGCGUGACGUUGAAGCAUCUUCGUUCUCGAAUCAGCGUUAUACCGCAAAACCCUCUACUUUUCUCUGGAACUCUUCGAUUUAAUAUGGAUCCAUUGGAACUUUAUACAGAUGAGCAAUGUUGGAAAGUUUUGGAAAUCGUUCGAUUGAAAGAAACGGUUUCCAAUCAUCCUCAAGGUCUUCAUAUGCCAAUAGCUGAGUCAGGUCAUAACUUAAGUAGUGGACAGUGUCAAUUGGUUUGUGUUUCUCGAGCUCUUCUUAGACAAAGUCGAAUCUUGUUAAUUGAUGAAGCAACAGCUAAUGUCGAUCAUGAAACUGAUGAGUUUUUACAAACUUUAAUAGUUGAUGAGAUUAAAGAUCGAACUGUGCUAACCAUCGCUCAUCGAUUGAAUACAGUGGCAAACAAUGAUCGGCUUCUCCUGUUGAACGAUGGAAAAGUCGUAGAUUUCGAUGUACCUGACAAAGUUUUAAGUCAUCUUUGA